AUGUCAACGGACCGCCACCACAUCAACAGACAACACCCACAUCAACGGAUGACGAUGACGACGACGUCAGUGGACAACGAGCACAUAAGCGGACGACGACGACGACGACGUCAGCAGACAACGCCCACAUCAACGGACGACGACGACGACGUCAGCGGACGACGCCCACGUCAACGGACGAUGGUGAGCACGUCAAUGAAGACACGAAACACUCCAUCCACCCUCCCUCUCUUCCCUCCCUCCCUCCUUCUUCCCUCCCUCCAUCCUUAUUCCCUCCCUCUGUCCCUCUUCCCUCCCUCCAUGCCCCCUCUCUCUCCAUUCCUCCCCCUCUUUCCCUCCCUCCCCCCUCUCUCCCUCACUCCCUCCCCUCCAUCACUCCCUCCCCUCUCCAUCACUCCCCACCACCUCUCCCCAUCACUCCCUCUCCCAUCACCCCUCUCCCCUUCACCCCUCUCUCCUUCACCCCUCUCCCCCUUCCCUCCAUCCCUCCCCCCUCCCUUUAACACUCUAUGUAGUAGGAUAAUUUUGUAG